UGCAUAGAGAAAUGAAUGGUCAUGAUAGGAACAUGUUUUGGCAGGGCCACAGACCACAACCAACAUCUAUGAUCUUCCUCUUCCUUGUCCUGUUAACUGUCAUCAAGUUAGCAAACACAACAGCUCCAUGCACUGAGAGCUGCAGUAAGACUAUUCACAAAGGAGUGAAGCUCAGCAAGUUAAUGAAGAGGAACACUGCAGAACUAAUAAAAACAUAUCAAGCCAAUGAGGGAGACUUUGCAAAGCCGUUAUGCAAAACGCAAAUGAACAACAUUCCAGUAUCAAGCCUCUCAGGACAGACUUCAGCUGAUCGCACGUUAAACAUUUACACACGUCUAAAGGAGUUCUUGCCUCACAUAAAGAAAGUUCUGGAGCAGCAGUCAGACUUGAUGCCUCCUCAGAGCCCUUUGCUUAACAGCCUGGAUGAGACUUGGCAACGAACUGGCCACCUCAUCCACAAGGUGAACUGCAUUUUGCAGCUCUUACAGCCCAACAUUCCUAUACCCGAGCCAGCAUUCAGACCCACCGGAAUUCCCCUGCCUCAAAAUGUGUUUCAGCAGAAGGUCUAUGGGUGUGUCGUCCUGACUCGGCUUAACGAGUUCCUCUUGAGAGUCGUUGAUGAACUGAGGUCACUCAAGGGUAGCAUGUGUGUAAAAAAAAAAAAAGGAACUGUGGUGAUGUCAUAGAACUAGUGGACAAUGAUUUGAAAUGAUUUGUCUUUGAGGUUUGACUGGUAUAUUUAUUAAUUAUUUAUUUUUCACAUACAGUAAAUAUAAGAAAGUAGUCCCGAAAAACAGCUACAUAUGUUUAAUAAUUUCAUUUA